AUGUUAAUAUUUUUUUAUUUUUCUACCUUUUUUCUUUGUGGUUUGUGGGUUUUUUGUAUGGAUCGUAAGCAUUUGUUGAUUACUUUAUUGAGUUUAGAGUUUAUGGUUUUGUCUUUGUUUGUUUUGAUGUAUUAUUAUUUAUGUGGUUUUAAUUAUGAGUUUUAUUUUGUUAUUGUUUUUUUAGUUUUUUCUGUUUGUGAGGGUUCUUUGGGUUUAUCUAUUCUUGUUUCAAUAAUUCGUAGAUAUGGGAAUGAUUAUUAUCGUUCUUUUGGGAUGCUUCAAUGUUAA